UUUUGUGAGAGAAGAAAAUAAAGCUUUGGACACACAGAGGGGUCCGAGCGUGACUGUCAAAUCUACAUGUUCUCUCUCUGUUGCUCUCUAAAAUUCUCGUAAUUCUGCGCUGAGCUUCUUCCGGAGAUUCGAUUCGCAGUCCCCGAUCUUAUCCAGUGCUUUCUCGGCUUCCGCUCUUAAAUCUUUAUCUUCCCUCGAAGGAUAUAAUGUUCCAGAUUUUGAAGGUUGGUGAUAAUAAUGCUGUCUCUGCAGUAGGCAGUAGCAGGACCCUUGUUGCCUCAUCGUCUCUGCUAGUUUCUUGGGGUUUUUGAGAUUCUUCCUUGAAACUGAGUUUUAGGACUGGUUCUCAUUUGAUAGGCUUUUCUGACUCAAAGAAGAGAGAGUAUAUGGAGGGUGAGGCAUUUUCAGGGCUUGCCAAUGGUACCCAUAUUGAUGGCAAGAUCCUUCAGACAUUCCACAAGAAUUUUGAUCAAGUCCAAAACAUUUUGGAUCAGAAUAGGCUGCUCAUCAAUGAAAUAAACCAGAAUCAUGAAUCCAAGAUCCCUGACAAUCUCAGCAGAAAUGUGGGUCUGAUCAGGGAGCUCAACAAUAACAUCAGAAGAGUUGUUGACCUGUAUGCUGACCUAUCCAGCUCCUUCACCAAGUCUAUGGAUGGUUCUUCCGAGGGUGAUUCUAGUGGUGCUUUGAGAUCUGGUGGAAAAGGAGGCCACAAGAGAAAUAGGCCUGCAUAGACAGAAUUUCUGGUUCUUGAUUCUUUUUCUUUCAUGUUGGCAAGUAGGUUUUACAAAUGUCUUGAGGCAAAGUUGAACAUGGUUAGAUUCUGAGACCUUUUUGUAUCUGUGAGUACUUUCUCUAGUUGGCUCCCUGCUCCUCCUUCACUCUUAGAGAAAUAAUCCCCCAAAAAAUUCCAAUCUCAUUGUAAGUCUGCACAACUGUGGAUCUAAUUGAAAUCAAGCAUGUCUGUCUCAUCUGUUCAUUCCAUUCUGCUCCUGUUCUUCACAAUGACUGAUGGAUAAUAAAACUUCGACUUUUUCCUUCUCAGCUUUUUAAUUUCGUUGCCUGUGUAGUACAGUGAUUUCACCCAGAUUAUCUUUCAGUUUUGGCCAAAUUCAGUACCCUUUUUGAUUCCAUAAUAAAAAGAGAUUUCCAGCCUCUCCUAACCUUUUCUGUUUGGCCAAAAGGAUGAAUGAUAUCUACUGUUACUCCUUUACAUACUUUUACUUGUCAGUCUCCUUUUGUGAAUGGAUUUCAUCAUCAACUUUUGAUUGAAACUCUUCAUAAUUAUCCCUUUAUUCCCUUUUCAACCUAAGAGCAAUAGCAAAUUAGCAAUCUUGUUCUGGGACUUGGGGUAGAAAACUGUGGUGAAGUGUUGCAGCUAAUUGUUCUUGUCCUGUAUUACUGUAAUAUGAACUAAAAAGCUCCAUUGAUUGAUGAUCAAUGCUGCUGCUUUUGUUUAUGUAUUUGGGGAGUAGUCUUGUGUAUUGUGUAAACAAUAUAUGCAUUACUCUCUCUGAAGAUGUCCUGAAAGCAA